AUGGAUAAUGAGUUUCCUGAAACAACAGAUGAACAUGAUAGUAAUUCUCUUAAUCCAUCAGUAGUGGAUCCCAACGUGGUUGAUGGGGAAGGUGAACAAACAGAAGUAGUUGGGGAGUCAAGUAAUGCAAAUGAUAAGAGCAUUUGUUCGAAUGCGGAUGAUGAAAGAAAUGCUGCGAUUGCGGCCGCAGUUGCCGACUUCGAUGCAGACGAUCAGUGUGAGGAAGAUGAUGCCGAUGACGAUACAGUCAAUGUUAUAAUAAAGCCUUCCAGCAAGACAGGGAUUUACAAAACUGGGACAACCUAUCAAGCACGAUCCAUCGUACACACUACUCAGCAUCAAAAAGCUGCUCGUCAAGGCAUUGAACUCGAUGAUCCAGGAGAUAUUAAUGGUAUUCCAACGGUAGAAUAUAACCUGUCUAUAUUGGGCGAUGAAGAAAAACCAUGGAAACGACCUGGAGCUGACAUAACAGACUAUUUCAAUUAUGGAUUUACUGAAGAGACAUGGGUUCAGUACUGUGAAAAGCAAAAAAUUCUUAGACAGGAAUAUGCAAAUACAACUCUGAAGCCUGUUUUGAAUAGUGGAGGUACUGGUUUAUUACAACGAGUUCGUACCGGUGGUGUUUCUUCGAAUUCUCGCUCAAAUGAGACUUCUAAACAAGCUAGUAUUAAUGUAAUUAAUCUUAGCACGUCUGGAUUAAAUACACGACAAAUAAAUUCAGUUACUAAUUCAAAAGCUACAAGUUCACCAUCUGAUGUUUCUAAUCGACUCCUACUAAAUGGGAAUGUGAAUAAUAGUUCUAACUUACUCAGUCAAUUCAAUCAACCGCCACCUGGAUAUCUGGGUGGUGGUGAUGGAAACGCCGUCGGUGGUGGUACAGGUGUUUUUAACAUGCCUCCUCCUGGGUUUGGAUCAUUGACGUCUGCUGCAAAUUCACAGGUUUUGAAUACCACGAAUCCUGCUGCUGUUGCGGCGGCGGCCGCAGCUGCCGCUGCUUUAUUUCCUAAUCUGGCAGUGCCUCCUCCUGUUGUGAAUAAUUUAGCUGGGUGGCCAAAUAAUAAUAUGGGAUUAUCAGGCCUUAUUGCACCGAAUGAUGCUGUUAUUGAUCCUGCUACUGGUCAGUUUACUAACAUCGUUGAUCAUGGAGACCGAAGUCCAGGUUCAGUGUUUUCAAACGAAGAUACCGCAUCUCGAAGAGGCCGACGUCAUCACCACGGAGAUGAAACGAGCUAUUAUGAAAGAUAUAUCCCGUAAGUCCAGCGCAUAGUUUCUUGCUUUAUUUUACAAGACAGUUUUUUAGUUUCCAGGAGAAUGUUCAUUUCUUCUGUGUGAUUAGUGACGUUAGCUACUAACCAGUAGCCCAGUCUCUCCAUUUCUUUUCAAUUUUGCCGUGUAUGACAUUCUAGAUUCAGCUCUGAUGGGCGUACGUGGUUGGUGGUGUAGAUCUGCUUCUGGGAGAAAGACCUUUUGACCUCAGGUAUGGAGAAGAUGCCGUCUUACUGGGUGAUAGCAUGCAAGCUGCCCAAAUCGCACUUAACCAGAUGGCUAUCAGUGUUUGUAAGUAUGGUAUUUGCUUUACGCCAUCUAAGUGCACAGUGCUGUUGCAAGAUUGGCAAGCGCCUGUACCUGCACUUACCCUUGCAGGUGAAGCACUUUAAUUUGUCGACAAGUUUGUUGUAGGUAGUUGUGUGAGUUUUGGUGGAGGUGUGGUGGACGAGACCUCCAACCACACAGUGAAAGCUGUGGUGGCAUAUACCAAUUUGGGCCACCACUAGCUUCACAGAGACGUCAGUCUAACUGUCAGAAGUUGGGUUUAUAAUGCUCCGGUGUGCAUAGUCUUGCUCUACGCUGAUGAAGUCUGGCCUCUCUGAGCUGAAAUUGUACGGCGACCUUGCGAUUUAAAAGUACUGAUAGUCCCCAUCUUAUUAGUCUGUGUCAAACAGUAGCAUAUGUGAUACUUUUCUACUUCUUGUUCUUGCUCUCUCCCUCUCAUACAAAUUUAAUCACAGUUCCAUGACGUAAGACUCAAGUCACAAAAUGAAAUCACAGUCAUAGUUUAUAGUUGGGGUUUCUUCUGUUCGCAUCAUUGUCUUCAAGUUAUGUGAUAAGAUGUAGAAAGGCAAGUAUGUAAAAUUAUUACUAAGGGAGAAUUUCCUUGUAUCUGUGAUUGUGCCAACGCCACUCAGUGUCUUUUAUCCUGCUGGAAGUUAUGUUUAACUGUGACACUUAUCCUUUACAGGUAAAAAAUAAGAUUUCAAAUGUAAUAUAUAAAUGGAGCAACUAGACCUUCUACUGUUUAUCAUUAAUUAUGAGGCAUUUCACUGAGUAACCAACUAUUAAAAGGUUUUCAACCCUCUCCCUUGCUAAGUGUUUAUUUUUCAUCGAUAUGCACACUGAAAUUCAAGCUUGCCAACGAAUUCACCUCACUCAAAUCACCUUUAUUUAUACUAACCUCUAGACUUUUAUUCUCACCCAUAUGUAACCAGAUUUAACAAAUAUAACAGUUAACGUCAUGGUGAUAAGACUAAACCGUAUGAUUUGAGUUUAUUGAUGUCAGUUUCCAUUCAACUGUCAUUUUGAUAAGAUUAUAUGCAUAGGUAGACAUUAAUACUCAUUGUUAUAUACAUAUAUAUUAGUUAUUCAAGGCGUUAUCGGUAAGUAAGAUGUGUUACUCUCAAACAUAUUGCUGUGGUAGAUUUAUGUGGAUGGAUAUAGUUUACUCAAGUGUUAGUUGUAACCUAAUUAGUUUAUUACAGCAUUCUCUUUUAUUGUCUGCCUUUCGGAUAAAUUGUCGUUGUACAUAGCUCCUGGUAAAACAAUCUCAUCCUGUUACCGAUUUGUUAUUGAUUUUUAACAAAAUUAGUACUGCGCGGAAAUUGGAAAUGGAAAUGUUACCACCUGUCUACGUGAACGUCAGUAGAGGAAGCGGGGUUCAAACCCACAACGCAGUGGUCGGAGAGUCGAGUACCUAGACUAGUUUAUCAACAAACCUCAGUACUUCAAGAGUAUCAGAAAGUUAGGUUAUACAAAAAACUAUGAUGCUAACAUGAGGAAGAGUGGAAAAUCAUAGUUUAGUAUUAGCGAAGUAAUCAAGCAAAAAUUAUUCUGAGAUAACCAAAGAAAAAUGUAUAACUUCUGUUAUUUUUUAGCGUUAGAAUAUGAAAGCUACAGCAUAAACAUCAUUAGAUAAGAUUCUGGUAAAUAUUUAGCAGCACGUCUUCAGCUGCCAAGUCACGUGAUUCCUUUAACUUCACUGAAGAGGGCUCCGUGAUUCUUUAACAAGUGGUGGUCCAAUAAAACUACUCUGUGCGCUACUCUUCCCAUCAGCAUGAAAACAAAAAAAAAUUGUAGGUGGUACGUAAGCUACCGAGGAGAUUUUAGUAGUUUAUACUCAAACCACUGCAAACGACUUCACUCACUAAAUAGUUUCCAUCAUAUCCGAGUAGUCACUGUCGAAUGACACCAAUCCUGUGAAUGCAGUUGUCAAAUGUCCUUAGAUCGAAAAAGCUAAAUUUCGCACCUACAGAACAGGUCUACUCACUCUAAUGUGCUAUUAAUUUAUCGUUAGAAUCCAGUUAGAGCAUUUUAGUGUGCAUAAGCGAAAUUAAAACAUUGCAGCUAAACCAUUUCUAGCUUGGAGAACACAGCAGCACCAGAAUCAUCUGUCGAAGCUAUAAAUCUUCUCUGUAGCUUCAUAGUCUGGAAUAAAAUACAUAUACCUCUUCAGCUAUCGAUAUGUCAGUAGAAAUGUCACAGCUCUAACAGGAAUCACACAACUCCUCAGAUGCAUUAACUUUCUGAUUAUUUCCAGCUGUUUACCUUGAAGAUUAAGCACAGGCUGCUGGCAGUUUGUAUAAUUUUGUGGGUUUUUUCCCUACUCAUCGGGCUACUGUUUUCAGAUGAUUCAUUUGGGUUUUAUCUUCGUUCAGUGGUUAUAGAUUAUCCUAGUUUGUUUUUGUAGUUUUUAUCUCGUUGGGUUAUUUUUUUGUUAUUUCUUUUUUUAAUUAUAAACACGAUAUUUGUUCUAAUAUUUGUGUGGUAAACCUUCGUAAGCAGUCACGACGGGUUCAAGUCGGGCUUCACACACUCCAGUACAGGCGAUUGUGUAGUAUCAUAAGCCUUCGAACGAUAAGAGUAGCUUUAAGCCUGGUACCUGAAAAGUUUGGUCCACGUAGACGAGCUUAAACUACCAUGAUUGUUAAAUGUAGAAUGCAUAUGGAAUAUUGAUUAGUAACAACUUAACUACUAAAGCUAAAGAAUAAAUAAUCACCUGUUCGUCGGUGGCACAGUGGUUGGGACUGACACCUACCAUGCACAUGGUCUGAGGUUCGAUCCCUCACCGACGCACACCUGAUAUCUAUGGUCGGCCUGCAAAAUUUGGGCUACCGAUAUCACA